AUGCCUGUGAGGUUCGGAAUCCUAGGUACGGCGAGGAUUGCGCAGAAGGUAAUUCGCUCAAUGCAGUGCGUACCAGGCGUCAUUCCGUACGCCAUAGGUAGCCGUUCUUACGAGCGAGCCGCGCAGUUCGCUAAGGAGGUCGGCAUGGCUGGCGACGCCGCGAUUUACGGCAGCUACGCUGACGUCAUUGCGGACCCGUUAGUGGACGCCGUUUACAUCCCGCUGCCGACUGCGCUCCACGUGGAGUGGGUGGUGAAAGCCGCGAAUCACGGAAAGCAUAUUCUGCUAGAGAAGCCCGUUUCGCUGAAUGCGGCCGAUCUGGAAACCAUGAUCGCAGCCGUCGAUUCGGCGGGAGUCCAGAUCAUGGACGGCACGAUGUGGAUGCACAACCCACGGGCGGCCGAAAUGAAAGCGGCCAUGCAAGAUAGAGAAUCUUUUGGGCAGCUCAUGCGUCGCCUUGAGUUUGCAGGCUCCCUCGCUACAAUCACACUCGAGGACUUCUGCAUCCCCUUCCAGGAAGAUAAGGCCGAAUUUGUGAUUGAAAAGGGGUCCAAGUGGCCAAAUCCGAGUCUGGGGGUGAAAUCCACGGUUGAGAGGAGAGAAACUGUACUGACGUGGACGCAGGAGGCAAAUAUGAUUGCUGAGCUGGCACGGAUCGUGAGGGGAGUGAGAGAGGGGGGAGGGAAGGCGGCAUUGGUUGGGCGAUGGGUGGAUAUGAUGGAGCGGACACAGCGGGUGGUGUGUGCUGUGCAUGACUCGGUUGCUGGGGGAGGAGUGCCUGUGCUAAUAGAGGCGGGUCAGGAGGAGCAAGGGUAA